AAUGGUCGUGCUAACCUAUCGUUACAAUCUGAUCGCGUCGAAAAAUAAUUGUUCUUGUGCUGUGCAUUCGCAGUGAAUUUGUGUAUAAACUUUGCUUAGAUAUCAUCAUAUCCUUCGCAGUCUGCUCUACUAUUUUAAUUGUUUUUUUUUGCAAUAAGGGACGCAUUUGUAAGAAGUGUGCGAGUUUUCUGUGCACCUACCUAAAAAUGAGUCCAUCAGCAAAGAAAGCGAAACGCAGCGAUCAACAGGAGUAUGAAGAUCUGGUGAAACAUGUGGUCUUGCCUCGGGUACUACCGCAGGAAAAAAGCCCGGAUCUACAUGGCGAUGAAAUUCAUUUGAUGGUCAUCAUGGUCAGAAAUGUCGAGCGCCUGGCUAAAUAUCUGCCGGAAAAUACUGUCGGAAUGUUUCAGCGUCUGAAGCGUGUCCAUCAAACGCGUUCGGGAGAAUGCAUCGCACGUGAAAUUAAUUCAUUGCAGUCUGGCGAAACAUUUGCCAUGUUCAUUCGACGUCAAAACUGUGCAUUUAUGGUACAUAAAACGGCAAUGGGAAAUGACGUCGUUGUGGCUACGUUUCCUGGAAAUCUUCAUCCAAAAGAAGUUUACGGACAUCAAAGUGAUAUUGAGUUCAAUUAUCCCGUACAAGCGUUGAAGGCGCCACUUUCGAAGAUGCUGCUUUCGCAAGAAUUUGCCGACGAGCUGUGCUUCUUGUAUCAGGAUCAGCCGAUUGAGACGAAGAAUCGAAACUACGUACACAAAUGGCUGAUGACAAUAUUAGCCGAUGAAUCGAGUACAACGGCAGAUCAAUUCCCAAAAAUAACCAAGAAAAUUCGAGAUGAAGUGCUGGGCGAAGGGAAGUCGAACUAUUUUCGCCGGUCGAGCUUCUACAUGUGCUUGAAAGUAUUUCUACAGCACAGUCUCACCAUGGAAUUGGAUCACGAACGUGCGAAGAUACUGUACAAAAUUGUGAUGCUGCAGUUUCACAAUUGCAUCAUGGACGUGUUCACUACAGGAGUAUAUGAAACGCUGAACAUUGAUUUAAUGUCGGAAAUAAUGGCUAAAUCGGCCCGUCGCAUUGAAAAGCUUGCCGAGCUGAUGAAAGGAGGAGAAGGUGCUGAAUUCGAUCGUGUGUAUGCUGCAACCGUUGCGGAGUCAAAACAAACCAUCGCAAAGAUUCGAUUGAAAAUGGACGAACAAAUUGGAAGACUGCAAAAUGAUUACGAAAAUAAAGCCAGACUGGGGCCAUUGACGGAACUUGAUUUUCCAGCCGAUAUAUACCAGAGCAUUCCGAAGUUGAUGGGACACAUAGAGAAACGUGGAAAAGAAACGGUUUUCGACUGCAGUCAAUCUGGUCUUCGAGUUCAUCCACAAUAUUAUCGUCAUUACAUGGAUGAACUGCACAAUCCCGAUGUAACGAAAUUCGGAUCCUCAUACGACGAAAUUGAAGUGAAUUUGAUACUGAGCGACUUCGAAAAUUUCAUUUUAUAUAAUUCAAGCUCGACGGACACAUGUUUCGGGUCAGAUUUUCUGCGAACUUUGUCGUAUGGAUAUGCAUCUUGUGCCGAGAGAUUCUACGAAGGCGACCAAGUUGGCACGAGCAAAAUGGUACUUGUGCGGCUAAAGUUGAUCGCCAUGUUGGACGCAAUUGCUGUGAAGACUCAUCCACUAUUCGCUGACCACCACACAUCGAUUAACACGAAAAUAUUUGAAACACUACUGCUGCCUCAGCGCACAGACAUGCAGAUCGCCUUUGAGCUGGAGCAAUAUUUCAACUCUCGAAAUAAGGCUAUUGGGCCAGGUUUGAUCAGCGAGCGAAGUGUCACUCUAACAUCUUUCACAGCUAAAUUCGCGGCGCAGAAUUCGAAAAUGCAAGGACUGCUGAAAUAUAUUCUUGCCAUGGGUGAAGCUGAAGUUGAAAAAAAGCGACAAGAAUGGAAUACCAAACGAGCCGAAGUGGAGCGGCUGCGAGACCAAGCUAGUAGAAAGACUCAUGAAUAUUACACUAACAAUAAAGGAUAUUCGUCUCAUUCCGGGUUUUGUGACCUAUGCCAACUGAACAACCGGAUAAAGAGCAUAUCAAUGACACAAUAUGAACGUCCUCUUCCACAAUUACACUACGAACAAAACGCGGUCGUCUUUGAAUUAAUGGCACCUAUCGAAAUCACUUGCUUAAGAGACGUACUGUUCAAUUUUGCGAGUUAUUGCCACGGUCAGAAAUACCAGGCCACAGGAAUCAAAGGAGACUGGGCUCAAUAUCACCAAAUCAAGUGUCAUAAUCAAUCGACGAGCGGAUACACCAGUCUCGGAAGUACAACCAGUGCAACAUUACAAACGUAUCACGUGGACAGUUCAUUUGAAAAUUUUAUAAUCAAAAACGGCUAUAACUGUACAUUCCAUGCGUCGCACAUUCCUCUUGGCCUGACAAUAUCCAUUGACUUCGUCAAAAAAUCAUGCACAUUCAAACUAGAUGAUGAAUACAGCGGCCUACAAUGGUCUCUGACUGGAACGAGUCAUACUCAAAAUGAAGUCAUUGCCCGGCAAUCAGAAUGUCCAGAAAGCAUUUCUCUGCCCGAAUUCAAGAACUUUGGAUCGCUUCGUGCCGAUGGCUGCCGACUGCAACUACGAAAACUGUACGCAAUGGUGGAAACGGAAGCACUGUCAUUCGAAACGACUUCGGUUUUGUCGUUACUCAUGCAAUUGCUUUGGGAAGCUGGUGUUAGCGGUGCCGAUGGUCUUAUUCGUGAAUCGUUUACGGAUUUCAACGAUCCGACAUUUGCUCACGCAAUGAUAGAGCUGCUUAGUGAAUUCAGCAAAAAACAGAGCAACAACUGGCAGCACCCGAAGAAACUGCUGAUGACGGUUUUCAUCGCAGUUCGUGUAUUUGAAAUCAAUGACGACGAUAGUGUGGCUGAUAGCAUCGUCGUGCUGCUGGAGAAAAUCCGAUGCAUUGCGUUAAAGUGGAUCGAUAGUAUCGAAGGAGCCAUCAAUGACAUUAAAACCCCCGAUAUAUCAGCCGAACAGGAGCUACGCAUGAAAUUGGCACUUGUCGCUAUCACUGGAGCCAUCACAUUUUUCGUACAUUCUCGACACGCUCACUUUGCCAAAAUCUUUACGCAACACUCCCAUCGGGUGUGGUCACAGUUUGUCAUCACAUUGAACAGCAACGUUUUGUUGAAUCCAUCUACUGGUUCAUGUCUACGGAUGUUUUUGCGCACAGUUCGCAACACUGGUAUCCACAUCGAGGCAACGGUGCGAUCAAUGAUGGAAUGCAACCCGAAAGACAUGCACGACAUCGUCAAAAAACAGUGGAAACGCGCCGAGUCGGCUACGUUUGGAAACUACUAUUUCUAUCAUCCGUUUCCGGAGGUGUUAGUGAUGGAAGUGACUGUCAAAGGGGUGUUGAACUAUGUCACGCUGGACAUAAUAACCGGCAGUUUUUUGGUCAAUAAUUUCCCAGUGGCGCGUCUACCGAGCCAAAUCACACAAAGUGCACUUUUCCGACGAGUUUUCGGUACAUUUGUCUUCGAAGUGCAGCCCGAUUCUAACAAAAGUUUUUCCACUGUUCGACGAUACAACAAUUGCAGCUACGAGUUUGGAUGGUUCGGCUCCGAAAUUAUCAUAACUGAACGACGUGAUGGAAUUGAAAUGGAAUUGGUGCCACAUGACAUACUGAACGGCGAUGUUCCGUAUCUGCUGGUCCAAAAUUACAGUCACUUCUGGAACAAGACCGACAAUAUCAUCGAAUUGCGACCGCGGUGUUUCACUCACAAGGAAUUUUCACACGAAAGUGCCAUCGAGUACAAGUUAGAUCUGAACGUUCGGCUGUUGACUCACAUUAAAACAAAGCGCCAUCUGCUCGAUAUCAACAAGGGAUCCUACAAGAAAAUCGUCAAUCAACUAUCACGCCUGGAGACGUCGAAGUUCAUUCACAUCCUCAUGGAUACGCCUCAGAUAGCGAAAGUGGAAUUGGUUCGGAUGCGGUUGAAAUUCAAAGUGGACUGCACAACUCCCGAGCAAUCGUACGAUCUACUCUCCAACGAAUUCAGUCGAAUGCGAGUUAGUUGCAUGCAAAAUAUCGGCACUUUGUACGGAUUGCAGCAUGGAUUGCUGCUAGAAAGUGUCCCUGUCGAAGGAGCUCAUUUGCCAUCGACAAGAAUUCUGAUCCUUCCACACGGAGCAAUUCACUCUACGGUUACCGAUCCACAUGUUUCGGUUGAAAUUGACCUUGACGCAGAUCUACGCAGCCCACCAUUUCAUCAGUACGAAGUUGAUCAAAUUUGUCGUCAGCUUAAGGCCAGCAACAGUAGUUAUUCGGCCUGGUUUAAUCUCGCGUAUUUACACGCCGUCACGUCACAUGGAGAAGUGGAACCAUUCAUCAAAAUGUCGGGUACGGAGCGAGCACUGCAAAUAUUGCAAUCGGGUUUCGCAUGGUCAUCGGCACCCUAUGAUAAAGAAGCAGCGGAUGUGUUAGACAUGAUAGGCCGUUUGACACCGGAAAGAAAAGUUAAGGAUUCCUUCCAGACUGUUGUUUGGCCAGAGUCCAUUCCACCUCAUUCGGCACAAGAUUCAUUUGUCUUCAUCGCAACGAAAUUACUGGAAGACAGUGCCCGUUUAGAAGGGUUACACUGUAGUACACCUAAGCAGCAGCAGUUAAAACUCGAUAGCCAGUUGGAGCACAACAAACGGCAAUAUCUUCGGUGUUUGCCUUUACACCCGAAUCUACGUGCGUCGGAAGAAUUCAUUUACCAUGAAGUUCUGAGAACCACACAGGCGGAGCCAAUUUCCAGCAGUAAGUGUCCUCAUACGCAAAAGGUUUCGAUUUUGUAUCAUCGAUUUGCAUACGCACGACCAUCCGAUUUUGAUCUGAAAAGCUUUCUGAAAUCUGGUUCGAUGCUGGAGGGCGUAGUAAACAAGCCAGUAAUUCCGAACCUUUUACACCAUCAACACUAUAAGAGUUUCGUGGAUCUGUGGAUUUCGUUGUAUGAGUACGCUCGUAACCAAUCGUUGAACUCUGAAGAAUUUGGUUUGAUUUGGAGCUUAUUCGUUCAUCAAGGACAACCGCUGGCACCAAUAUUGGCUUUACAAUCCAUUUUGAUGGAAUCGCAUACUUUUCGGUCAAUAGAUCCACCGCCUAUGAGCACGUUUCACAUUGGUGAGGGAACAUACAGUGCCGUUCGCGUAUCGAAAAUGCUGGAAGAUUGCCACUCGAAUCCUUACAAUUACGACCACAAAGACUUCGACAGAGCUGCUUAUGAUUGUCGAAAGAGAAGCGCAAUUGAUACAAUGACAAGAAGCGUAACGAGUCAAUGGCCAUGUGAUAACGUGUCUUUGGACUUUUCAUAUGAUAACUUCAACCUCUCCCCGGCCCGACGAGGAAUCAACUCUCUCCUAAAAAUUUGGAAUGACAAUCGAAAGCUAGACAUCUUCAUCCAGAAGGUUCAAAGUGCUUUAAAUUCGCUAGCGCGAUCUGCGUAUGUCAAUAUUCCGCACUUUGGUUUGUACUCCAAUCCACAACCAUUGCAUUGGCCAAGGUACGAGAGUGACUGGACGAACAAGAUGCACGAGCAACUCGACAAAUUUCCGGCUGACAUCCAAGAAGCCGAACACAUAUGGAAGCAUCGACAGAAGGAUGGUAAAUCGACGAACGAAUGGUGGAACAUUUUCGAAAGAAUUGUGAACGGACCGAAGUCGCAACAUUUGAUCGAUGCUGGUAUUUAUCCUCGAGUCGUUCCAAGUUUGGUGCUGCCAAAAAUCGCUAAUCGGACAGAGUCAAGUCCACUAAAAAUGGUCAUCGGUGCGUUAGCCAUGGCAAUGGUGCGCGAACAGCAUGAAAAACGAAUACAGAUCUAUUCCCAACGGCCAGAGCUCCGAGCAGCACUAGAAAGAGAAAUCGAACACGAACCGCAUAUCAAUUGGAAUCCUUGUGACUAUCCGGAAUGGAUACUGUUCGAGAUCGAACAGAAUCUGAUGAUUCGUCGCAUUCAGAUUGAAAUUGCCAAACGAAUGAUAAAUCCCCCGGACAUUGGCACCAAGCACAGUGUAAUGCAGUUAAAUAUGGGGGAAGGGAAGACUGCGGUGAUUGUGCCAAUUUUGGCAUCAGUUUUGAGCGAUGGUCAACAGGCCUGUCAAAUAACCGUUUUAAAGUCGCUCUUUGCAACGAACCUAAAAUCAUUGCGACGAUACUUGGGUGGUAUGCUGAAUCGAAAGGUUUACGUGUUUCCAUGCAGACGGGAUAUGCCAAUUGGACGAUAUGCUGCACGGAUUUUGGACAUUUAUAACGAGUGCAAACUGAGGAAGGGUGUCAUCUUAACCUUGCCUGAAUAUCGCCUGUCCUUCCAACUGAAGAUCUACGAAUCGGUGAAAAAGUCGUGCCUUGCGGAAGCAGAGCAAUUUCUGGCCGCACAUAAAUGGAUAAACAGCAAUGUACGGAGCAUUUUGGAUGAGUCGGAUGCGAUUCUGCAUCCGAAAUACCACCUUAUUUACACGGUGGGCAACCAACAGCAGUUAGACGGUGGCUCAUAUCGAUGGUUGGUGGUACAGUCGUUGCUGAAACGUGUUCCACAUCAUAUGCGAGCACUAAAUAAGCAGCACGGUCAGGAAUACAUCGAAUUCGACGAGAAUUAUGUUCAAAAUGGACAUGUCUAUGGAGCUCGUGCCGUCAAAUAUCGACCGGAUGUGUUCACACCGUGCCGGAUUUUGAAUGAACGAGUGUAUGAUGAACUGAAAAAACUUCUUAUCGAAGACUUCUUGGAAGGCCGCCUCAACAUGGCUUUUCCAGAAAUCACAGCCGAGGCUAAGAGAAAUCUGCGACAUUUAUUAACCGAACGAAAUAUUGAUCGGGAAUCAUUCGACGCAACGGUUGCCGACUUUUCGAUAAGUGAGCGAAACACGAUUAUGAUUUUGAGCGGACUGCUACGCUUUGAAGUGCUGAAACUGAUAUUGAUGCGACGAUGGCGAGUGAACUACGGGGUAAACGUAUUUGGUCAACGCAAAAUGGCCAUUCCAUUCAAGGCGAAAGAUGUCGCGGCAGAAAUGACUGAAUUCGGUCAUCCCGAUGUUGCGAUUGGCUUCACUCAUUUGAGCUACCACUAUUCGGGCCUGACCGACUGUCAGCUCAAGGAAACCUUCAAGAUUCUGUCGGUUUCUCAGAAUCCAGCUUCAAUUUACGAACAAUGGAUUCAAAGUGUGCAGCCGGAACUGGUCGAUGCUUCCAUCCGAACUUACACAGGCGUAAAUCUAAGUGAUCCAUACCAACGCGAUACAUUGCUGUUCCCCGUAUUCCGUUUUAACAUGCAUGUUGUGGACUUCUGGUUGUCGAGCGUUGUUUUUCCUCGUGAAGCAAAAACGUUCGAGAAGAAAUUGAUGUGCACCGCUUGGGAUUUGUGCAGCGAACACAUGGAGCAUCCGGUGACGGGAUUUAGCGGAACAAAUGACACGAAAAAUAUUCUGCCCAUGCCCAUUGCACAAAAUGAUCUGGCCGAGCUCGAGGAUACAAAUGAAAAUGUUCGGAAGAUACUGCUGCGUCAACGCUACGAUUACCUACCAGCUAAUGUGAGUGGAACAGAAAUUGUGGAAAAAUUGGCCCGAGAUGGCAUUCCAGUUCUAUUGGACUCCGGAGCAUUGAUGCUGGAACUUAACAACAAGGAAGUCGCUGAGAAAUGGUUGGAAUUGACUUCGGAUCAGAGAUUCGAUGCGGCCAUUUACUUUGACCGAAAUGAUGUUCUGCAAACCAUCGACCGCAACGGUAUUGUCACCGAACUGGACUGUUCCGUUUAUCGGGAUAAUUUGUCUCGCUGUUUGGCGUACUUGGACGAUGUGCAUACUCGUGGAACGGAUUUGAAAUUUCCGCUGGAAUGGCAGGCAUGUGUGACACUUUCCGGAAACAUAACUCGAGACAAGACGGUUCAGGCUUGUAUGCGAAUGCGACAAUUGGGUAGAGGUCAAAGAAUCGUAUUUUGGGCGUCAAAUGAAGCCGAUGUACGCAUUAGAGGGGUUGCCAGAAAGCCACAUGUGACGACGGAAGAUGUUGUGCAAUUUAUUUGCAGCAACAGCGAAGCAUUCGAAACGGAUAACACGGUUCAUUGGGCCACAGGUGCCUACAACUAUACGCAAAAGUUAAUCGCACACAAAUUGCACGAGAGUUUGGGUGAGCAGCAUUCACUGCAAAGCUUGUAUGAACUUUGUGCCGAUGACGAAUUCGUAAGACUGGAAGAAAUGUACGGAGAUAAGGAAGAAGCGAAACUGGCUGACAUUGCCUGGAAUAAAUUCGAUCAAUUGAUUCAAGCGCAUCGGAACGAUGUUUCAAAUUUCGCCGAAGGAAUCAGAAAGGAAGUGAACGAAAAAAUCUGCAAACAAGCAUCGAAUGUGCGACGAUUCAUCAAAUCGUUGGAUGAGGAACAAGAGAAAGAGUUAGAGCACGAGCUGGAAGAAGAACGACAAGUUGAACGUCCACCACCAAUGAGUCCGGCUGUGCCGCAUUUCGACAAAAAGCUACUGGAAUUGGUUCUAUCAUCGGAAGGUGAAACCAUAUUAGCAGACUUACAGCAUCGCAACGUGCUCCAUUCAUUAUUUAGCAGCCUCGGCAACACACAUUUGAUACAAGACUAUGCGAAUGAAGCGGAAGCCUGGGCCGAUCACCUAUUCGUUACUGACGAUUUUUUGCGUGUCCUCAGCCAACCGACAUCGUCGUGUGACGAGUACCUGCGUCCGGUUUGGUGGAUCGGCCAGAUCCAAGUUAAGUUCAACAAAAGCAUCGUCGUCUUGUUGAGCUCAUUCGAAUGUGACCGAUUGAAAGCGGCGUUCAGAACGAGCGCUACCUCCGUUCUGUACAUGUACCGGCCAAAGCUUAGUAAAUUGCAUAACAGAUUGCUGCGGAAACGAAAAUUGCAAAUUACCGGAAUGGUCAACCCUCCGUGCCUCAGUCUCUGCGAUCAGGUUCAGAUUGAUAUGUACUCCGGCUCGAUGUAUUUCGAUGAUGAACAGGAACAGGACGCUUACUGCAAAUUUUUGGGUCUGAUUCCACGGCCCAGAACGCCCGACCAAAAUGCAGCAUUUGAACGUGGACUGAUCAAACCGAACGGAUUCGUUCCGAUGGAAUACCGGAAACACUCGGCAGUUAUUUCUGAUGCUGUCAGCAGCUGCAAGUUCAACGGCAAUCCAGUCGAUUUGGCCAUCAGAAUUGUUCAGGCGCACCAUUGUUCGCUGCAUGAGGAGUCGCAUGUGGCGUCGGUUCUGAAACGCGGAACUAAAUUGCAAAUAUCAGACUAGCAUGCCAUGCGAAUCGGGUCGGUUUUUGUGAAGAAACUUUUUUUGCCAUUUCAACACUUUGUUCCUUUUCUACCCUUUGUAACUUUCAUGUAAAUAAUCAACUGAAGAGACUUUUCAUUAAACUUAAGAAUAUUCAGA